AACAAUGGCUUUUGAAGCUGUUCCGAAGAAAAUAGAAGUACAAUGGUUAGCCAACUGGAGUUUACGUCUUGAACUUCGUUUAAAUAAUUACCAGUAUUUAGGUAAUUGGUAUCAGGACUUUUUAGUAGCAGCUAAAUCACAUAGUUCUUAUUCGGUUCAGUGA